AUGACUGCAAUAGUGGAAGAUAUGCCAGUAUUUAUUCCUAAAGAGGAAGAUCUAGGUCGAAUUGUUCAACAAAACUAUAUUCUUUCAUCACAAUAUGAAUCACUUGAUAGUGAUGAUUUAUAUACAAAAUAUAAAAAACUUCAACGACAACUUGAAUUCUUAGAAGUUCAAGAAGCAUAUGUUAAAACAGAAUUAAAAAAUUUAAAAAAAGAAAUGUUACAUGCACAAGAAGAAAUAAAACGUAUUCAAAGUGUACCACUUGUUAUUGGACAAUUUCUUGAAGCUGUUGAUCAAAAUACUGGCAUUGUUGGAUCGACUACAGGUUCAAAUUAUUAUGUACGAAUUUUAUCAACAAUUGAUCGAGAACUUUUAAAAGCUGGUGCUAGUGUUGCUUUACAUAAACAUUCAAAUGCACUUGUUGAUAUUCUUCCACCAGAAUCAGACAGUAGCAUUUCCAUGUUACAAGCUGAUGAAAAACCGGAUGUUGAUUAUUCGGAUAUUGGUGGAUUAGAUUUACAAAAACAAGAAAUUCGUGAAGCUGUUGAAUUACCAUUGACACAUUUCGAACUAUAUAAAUUAAUUGGUAUUGAUCCACCACGCGGUGUACUUAUGUUUGGUCCUCCAGGUUGUGGAAAGACAAUGUUGGCUAAAGCUGUUGCUCGACAUACGACUGCUUCAUUUAUUCGUGUAGUUGGUUCUGAAUUUGUUCAAAAAUAUCUUGGUGAAGGUCCUCGAAUGGUUCGAGAUGUGUUUCGUCUUGCUAAAGAAAAUUCUCCUGCUAUAAUUUUUAUCGAUGAAAUCGAUGCAAUUGCUACAAAACGUUUCGAUGCUCAAACAGGAGCUGAUCGUGAAGUACAACGUAUUUUACUUGAAUUACUCAAUCAAAUGGAUGGUUUCGAUCAAAGCAUUAACGUUAAAGUUAUCAUGGCAACAAAUCGUGCUGAUACACUUGAUCCAGCUCUUCUUCGUCCAGGACGUUUAGAUCGUAAAAUUGAAUUUCCUUUACCUGAUCGACGACAAAAACGUUUAAUUUUCUCAACUGUAACUAGUAAAAUGAAUUUAAGUGAUGAAGUUGAUUUAGAAGAUUAUGUUGCACGUCCUGAUCACAUAUCAGGUGCUGAUAUUAAUUCAAUUUGUCAAGAAGCUGGUAUGCAAGCUGUACGUGAAAAUCGUUAUAUUGUAUUAGCAAAAGAUUUUGAAAAAGCAUAUAAAAAUGUCAUUAUCGAAAUGAAAGUUACGUCGAAAACUACAGCAGCUAAUUCGACCAAUCGGAUUAGUGCAUUAGACAGACUCAGCAUGCCAACACCUAACAAUAAUAAUAAGCAAAUUCAUCAACGUCUAAGUGUACCAACAAAUCGCAUGAUUACAGAUGCACGACAAUUAUUAACAAAUCGAAAUACACCAAUAUUUGAUGCUCGACAAUUAUUAAGUCGACAAUCAUCAAAAACUUCUAAUACUUCUCUGAUAAUGCAAAAAGACUUUAUACAAACUGAAGAAGAUGAUGAUAAUGAACAAGAUGAUGAUGAGCAAAAAGCAGAAUAUAUCAGUAGUUUUAACAAUACUCGAACAAUCACAAACACAUCAUUCCAACGUGAAGAUGAUGUUCAUCGGUUUCAAGCUCACAACAGCCACCUAUCUUCAUUCGACAAAAAAGUUAGUAUCAGUGUUGUAAAAGAUCAAUCCCGCAAAAGACCUAAAUCACCAUCGCCAACUUCACCUUCACCUCCUCCAAGAAUCAGACGUUUACAUGAUGCUUCAAUUCAAACAACACAGUCAUCAUCUUUAUCUCGAUCACCAAUUCCGAUCAAUUCUCAUCGACGACAUUUAGAUGAAUAUGAUGAUCAUUACGAACCACCAAUAAAACGUAGUUCUUCACGACAUACAACAAUAGACAAAGAACAACAAGAUCUAUCUACAGUAUUAAAAAAUUCUCUAAGACGAACAUCGACCAAGACAUUUGAUAAUACACAAACAAAACAAAAGUCAUCAAUACAAUCGAAUUCAAAUGCUACAACGGUCUUAGUAACAAAUCUUCAACCAUCAGUUACAGAAGAUGAUGUUAUUGAAUUAUUUAGUGAAGUUGGUCAUAUUGAUGAAAUAAUAACAUUAAGUCAUGGUUGUGUUCAAAUUGUUUAUUCAAACCAUGCACAUGCUGAAGAAGCAGUUGCUAAAUAUCAUAAUCGAUUAUUAGAUGGGCAAUUAAUUUAUGUUAGCCUUCAACAACUACCAUCUUAUUCAACAAAAUCAUCCAAAAAUUCUUCAUCAUCACGAUAUUCCAAACCAACAGCAUCGAAAGACAAGAGUUCAUCACAAUCAAUUAAUGAUAAUGAAUGUUUAAAAUCAAAUUCAAAUAAAAUUGUUAUUGAUCCUACAUUUAUGCGCCAAGCUCUAUUCUAUCCGUCCAAUAAUCCAACAAAUCCUGUACAAUUUCAAGUGAAACUUUAA